UGACAAAGUCUAUCAACUUUGAAAGGUUAUAUGGACUUUAAGCAAUUUGUGGGAAAAAACGUCAAAUGAAAUAAGACUUAUUUUGCCUUUAAAUAGAUGGUUAUUCAUUAUUUGCAUAUAAAAUGCGUUUUGGAACAAAAAUUACCUUUCAUGCUGCUUUUCCUAUUCGGUAAACGGAACCAUGUAGAGUCUAGGCUACUCUUUGGGUUAAUAAAUAUUUCACUAUUGAUACUUUAAAAUGAUUAUGCACAUCUUUUGUUCUUUGAAAAAUGCAAUUUGUAGGCAUUCAUAAAUUAGACGCUUAGAUUCGCCGUCAGUCAUGGCGGACACAAGUUGGAAAGGUUUCUUGUGCAAUACUAGCUUACACGGUGCUCGCUACCUUACAGAGAAUAACUUCCUCCGAAGAGCUUUCUGGUUGUUUGUGGUUUUAGCAGGGUUUGCUGGCUUUAUUUACCAGUCUUUUCUUUCGAUUACUUCGUUUUACAGUUGGCCCGUAUCAACUGUGAUGAUGACGGAAUGGCACAAAGAGAUGAACUUUCCAGCAGUUACAAUAUGCAACUUCAACCCUAUCAGCAAGUCAAGAUAUGCUCAAAAUUAUGGGAAUCUUUUCAGUUUAUCAACUCAAGAUUCGAAUAAUAUAAUAAAUGGAAUCAUCUUCCUAAUGUCAGCCCCUCGGGAUAGUUCUCAGAAAUCGAAAUUUUCACAAUUUCCGAUAGAUAACUACACACAAAGAGGGCCUAUGCUAGGUAAGUCCUUGCGUUCGUACGCACAUUCCAUUGAUGGGAUGCUCUCGCUAAAAUGGCUAGAACCUUGCAAAUACAGCGGCAAAGAGUGUGGCAAGAAUAGCUUUUCUACAUUUGAACACCUUCGAUAUGGAUCUUGCCAUACGUUCAAUUCGGAUGGCCAGUUUGGGCUAAAAGUAGACAGUAUUGGGCCAAUCAGUGGAUUGCAAUUGCGUUUAAAUGUCGAGGAGAAAGACCAUGUCAGUAAUUUAUAUGGACUUCAAGCGGGCUUCAAAGUUCUUGUUCACGACCCUCGAGAGCACCCGAUGAUAGAGGAGACCGGAUUUGCUUUACAGCCGGGAACGCAUACAUUCUGCUCAGUCAGGAUGAAGAAGUACGUCAACCUGAAGGCACCAUAUCGCACCGAAUGCGGAGAGAACAUUACUGACUUCAACCGAUACUUCAAUGUGAACUAUACCAUGGCAAUCCGUAGCAAGCAGUGUCUCCAUGACUACGGAGACACUGCUUGCGGCUGCCAGCCAAUCUUUGAAAUCACAAGUGAGUUUAUGGAUUCCGGUAGCCUUACUCACUGUCUCUUACUCGGUGUCCUGAAGCCGAAGCUAGUGCGCUAGUUGAAAUGGCGGCCAUUCGAGACUAAGUCUUGAAGUGCCCUAGUCAGUAACAUCUUGUUAUUGUUUUGAUUUAAUAAUUGAAGUCACAUAUGUACUAAAAUCUCGAAAUAAAAGUCUAAAAAUAUAGUUUGGUACUUAAUUUACCAGGUUCAACCGGAAAUAUCGCAUUGGCUUACCCAAAUCAGCCGAUGGAAAUGGAUGCUUUUUCGCACUUGGUACUUUGCUAGGAUGACAAAAUGGCGGAUGACAGAGACUGUUCAAAGCGGCAAUCGCCGUACGACGGAAACUCAACCAACAAGAGUCUAAAGAAUCUACAGCGUAUUGCCCCAAUCACGGACGGUACCCAAUUCAGGACAGUUUGCAUCGAAAGACUAUUUAAAAUAUACGAAAGCGAAAAAAAAUCUUAUGUGACCUUAAUUGAUAGUAACUACAUCUCAUAAUCACGUUUGCUGUAGGAAUUACGUCGUUGGCGUUGUUACCAGCGAGAAAAUUCAAGUUUAUUUGAAGCUGACUCAAACUUUUGUGCGCGUAGUUUGAAAGUUAACGAUGCAGUGAAUUUAACGCUUUACAUAAACCAGUCUUUCUGGUAAAUUGGAGUUAAGAAAAAUACCAACUUUUUUUGGUGGGAAUGAAGCACUGUGAAAUACUUUUACAAUAGAAUAGAAGUUCUUUA